AUGGCGGCCGAAAAGAUUUCCCUCUACAACCUUGCGGAUCUCAAAAACACAUCCGACGAUGCCAUCCCCAACUACCUAAACUCGCUCAAGUUUAAGCAGACGCACACCCUCCAGGACGUGCGUCUCGCGCUCGGUUACAGCUCCUUUGCCGUCGCCGCGCUCUGCUUCCUGUGGGACUACAAGCUCGGCUGGGACACGACCAAGUACUGGACCGCGGCCGCCGUCGUCGUCUACAUGGUGCUUAGUGGUGCGCUGACGUACUGGACGACGUACAAGGAGAAGAAUGUCAUUUACGAGGGCACAGCGCCGUCCGGCGACACUAUUAUCGUCUCAACAACGACAACAAAGAAUAUUCCCAUUUACAACCUCGACAUUGUUGUGCGGCCGAAACGCGCCAGCGAAGGCAAGCCGCAGACAUACACACUCGCCAACGAGUUUGCUGGCUGGUUCGACGAGAUCGGCUACUUUGUCGCCGCGCCGUUUCAGGAGAUGCUCGCGUCCGCCGUGCCGCUCAUCGGCCGACAGGACCCCAAGCGCGUCAAAGCCUCGCAGGAGACACUCAACGCCAACCCGGAUCUCCUUGACGCCGUCCUCGCGGCGUCAGCCACGGAGGGCAAGGGCCAGGCGCGGCAGCGCAAGGCGUAG